AUGAAUGACGAGAGAAUGGAGGAAAUUCAUGAACAGGGGACAAAGGUACGCUUUGUGGAUGAGAGGCGCAAUGGUGGCAUCAGCUCCACCUCCAGGAUGAGAAAGCACUCCUGCUUCUACUUUAAGGUGCCCGAGGCCCAGCCUGAUCAAUAUCUUACUAUCUUGGCGAAACCCCUCUUCCUGCCCCUGUCAAGCCCUCCAUCCCCCCCCCUCGAAAAAAAAAAGCCGCUUACCCUGCCCCGGGCCUGUCUCACCCUGCUCUACGGACAGCCUGAUUCCUACACUACUUCCACAAUCGAGCGCUACGACAUCAUGGGCCAGGCGCAAGAGGAUAUGGCAACAGCCAUAUUCGACAUCGCCCACCAGUUUCUCGCCUCAUUCGAUAGUGUUGUGGCCGAGCACGAGGAAUCAGUCCUCACGCGCUCAUUUACUCCCAAAGACGCCGUCGGCAACUCAGGGAGCCAACGGCGUCCAUCAUUUGACUUCUUGGGUCUCCACAUAUCUUCCAUGGUCAUCGAGUUGCUGGAAAUGAUCCUAAGAAACGUGCAACGCAGUUCCCAGCUGCUCGUAAAGCGCUUUGUCGGCAACUCGGAGACGGCAUAG